GGGUUAUAGUGGGGGGGGUGUGCCUGAGCUGGGGUGCCAGAGAGGCAGAGAUGGGUCUCAGUCAACCCUGGUGACCUGAGGUCGGGUGACUGUCUAGGCUCUAGAAGACUUCCUAGAAGGGGCGUGGGCAGGGACACUACCUCAAUGAGCUCUCUCCAGGGUCCCCCAGCACUGCCACUCUCCACCCCAGAGCACUCCUCUUCACUCCUGGGCCACCAGGCCAGACCUUCCUUGAUGGGGGAGUUGCGGGCACUGUUGUGUCACCUCCUGGGCAGUUACUAAAAAUCCAGGCAACGGGCCAAGCCUGAGGAUGGAGGGAAGAAGACAAGUGGCCCCCCACCCCCCACCUGGAGGAGCUGGGAGUUCUGUGGGGUUAUCAGUGCUAAAGAGAUAGGCACAGGGUCCUAGGAAAGUUUGAAAAAGGGGCUGCCAGUCCAAGGGGGAGAGAGAACUUGCUGGGAAACAUAAAAGGAAGCUGGAAGGGUUUGUUGGUGGAGAAAGUGGGAAGGGCAUUCUGGGAGGAAGGAUGGCAUGAGCAAAGGCUCAGAGAUGUGAGUAUGUGCUGGGAGAUGGAGGUGGGGGAAUGGUCAAGCACUGCGUCAGGCCAAAAUCAGAAGCCAGAUGAAGAGGGGGAGCCAGGGCUGGAGGGAAGGAGGGCCAGGUGGAGGCGAGAUGGCGGGUCACACCAGGGAGCUGGCACGAGGACAGCACAGUGAGGGGUGACUUGACUGGGAUAGCGCCAUCUGGCUCAGCUGCCCCCCUUCCGAGGGUCUGCCCAGUGCCCUUGAUGUGGUCAGGGCUGCUUGACCCACACUGGUGAUCCCUUUUACUGUGGAAGCUGGACCACCUCCGGCUGGGCAGCUUUCAGAACCUCAGUUUCCACAUCUGUCACAUGGGGAGAAUCCUCCACAGAGUUGUGGUGAGGACUGCAUGAGAUGCCGCAUGCCGCACCUGAGAAGCACUCGGGAAGCGCUGGCUGCUGCAUCCGUAUUUUUACGUGUAAAACAGGGACAUGGAUACCAGCUGGCGGGCCACGUCCACUUCAUGGGUGACGGUGAGGAUCCCAUGAGGGCUGGAUGUGACUAGGAGGUAGCCGAGGCCUGGGGGAGCUGUAUGUCCAUGUCCUCCUUCUAGGAGGAGCAGUGAGGAGUGACCAGGGACAGGGUGGUCUGCAUAGACGGCCUCCUCUUGCCCUCGUGGGCACCCAUCACCUUCUGGCCCCCAGCCAUGCCCAUCAGGGGGCUCUGCUCUGCUCCCCAAGGCCAAAGCCUCUUUGUUCCCCACACCGCAUGGUGCACCCCGCUCCCAGCUAGCUCUAGUCUACCACAUGGGGACCAGGGCUCCCUUCCAGAAGUUUCUUCAGAUAUUCUGAUCAACAAACAUGAUGUCCUCCUGUGAGGGGCACUGUGCCGGGCAGCCAGGUGGAGAGGACACAGGCCUUGCCCCCCGGAGAUUGGAAUCUAGUUGGCCAGCAGAUAUCCCUGGGCACCCAUGGUCUGCCUAGCUCUGUGCUGGCUGCUUGGGGGUAGGGGGAGAGUCUCAAUAAUUGUGCCAUGAGGCAGCCAAGUGCAGAAGUUAAAAAGCAAGGAUUCCAGAUCCAGUGGCCCAGGUUCGAAUCCCGAUCCUGUCACUUCUUACCGUGUGACAGUGUACUAGUCACUCUGCCUCCCUGUGCCUCAGUUUCCUUGUCUCUAAAAUGGGGAUGACGCACAUUACUGCUAUUUGAACAGCCUGGUUCCGUUUCCAUUGGGCAUUCGCUGCCCCCCUCCCUGAAUGAGUCUCCCUCUUCGCCCCUGCUUCCUCAGAGACUACACAGCCUGCCCCAGUAGAUGUGUCGUCCACUUCCGCGUUCUCUUCCCCUCUGUCUGUGAGUCCCCAUGGGCCAAAGCCUGCCUUUCUGUACCCACUGCUUGAGCAGGGGGCAGUGGUAUGCUGGCAACUGGGUCUCGAAUGAGCUGGGGUGUAAAUGGUUCUCAGCCCAGGGGAACGGCCCUGCUCUUCCUUCCACCCAUUCCUCCCCCUUCUCCAUCCCUGAUGGAGGACGCUGACCCUCCACAGGGCAGCCUCACUUGCAGCAGAGUGGUCACAGGGACCUUGCUUGUGCCCAUCUUCCAGAAGGGGAAAGAGAGGCUUCAGGAGCGGGUGGGAACUUCCCAAGGGCUGGAAGCGGGCCUGGGGGGUGGGGGGUGGAAGGGUAGUGGCCCACGGUCCUGUGGUCUAGAAUGGGCUGACAAGGGGGCCCAAGGUUUUGCCCAUAAUCCAAGAAGUUAACAGAGUCCCCAAAUGCUUUUCCUUGCACUGCUGAAAUUCCCCCGUUGGCUCACUUAUUUUCAUCUUUUCCAUAAAAAUAAAACUGGAACAAUAAGAAUCAUUCACACACCUAAUUACUCUGUUGUUUCAUGAAUUUAGAGCUUGUUUGGCUAAGACUUUGGUUCCCACUGAAGUGGGACUCCUUGGGGUGGGGUGGGGUGCAGGGUGAAGGCCAGGACAGAAGGUAGGAGUCUGUGUGGACACUGGGGCCUCCUGAGGGCCCAGCCUCUGGCUACCUCUCUAGGCAGGCCAGGAACUUCCCAGAAGGAGCAGGCCAGACAGCGUCUGGUUGAGGGAGGGUGGCCAGAGGCAGUCUCUGAGACUCUGGUUGAGAGACCCAUGAUGGAGGACUUUCCAGUCAUAAUAAUUUGCUGUUAUUUAUCGAGCGCUUACUGUGUGCUGGGCACUGGGCCAAAGCACUUUGCGUUCAGAGAUGCCUCUAACUUCCCUCGAGGCAGGAGCUACCAAUAUUAUUAUCCCAUUUGGCAGUUUGAGGCGGCCUGGGGCCCAGGGACGGGAAGUGGCAGGGCUAGGGUUAUAUCUAGCCUGUAGGACCCCAUAGCUUCAUGGGGCUGCCUGUCUAGGCCCCCUCAAUCACCCAGAGGUGGCUGCUGUCUGAGGCUUGGGUGCCUGAGACAGCUGCCUCACCCGUGUCCUGGCCUCCAGGCCACCCGCUUCAGGGUCCUGGUGCUACUUCCUUCCUUGCCGUAUUCCCGGGGCCCUGCCUCACCUGGGCAGCUUGGGGAAAGUAUGUAUUUCCCGGGCCUCACCCUGCCCUGCUGAGUCAGAAUCACACCAUGGGAGGGAGGGCUGGAAACCCAGAUUUGAAUCCCCUGGGGAUUCAGAGGCCUGUGGACUCCAAGAACCACUGCUUAGCCCCAUGAAUUCCAGGAUGAGACCCCCGCCCUCUGGGACCCAGAUCCCUAUGACUCAGCCCCCUCCUGUGUUCUCGGCCUCCGCUCCACCCCCAGCCUCAACCCAGCUCUGCACACACUAUGCCAUGCCCCCUGCCCGCUCCUCCCCUCCCCCUGCCCAUUGCUUUUAUCCCAGCACCUGCUACUGCCGCUUCCUCCAGGGAACAGGUCCUGGGCUGGCUGUGGAACCCCCAGAGCUUGCUUAGUACUUUGGACAAAUCCCUCGUCACCACUCUCCUCUUGUUACGGGGGACCAGCACACAGUCUGGGUGAACCGUGGUGGCCAGGGAAGGGGGACCAGGGAGAGCUGCCCAUUAAGGCGGGGGACUCGUUCCUGGGCUGGGCACACAGGCACUCCCUGGGGGCUGACACCAUGCCUCACACAGAGGAGGCACUCGAGAAGUAUUUCUUUUUUUUUUUUAAUUUAUUUAUUUAGUUAAUUAAUUUAUUUUUGGCUGUGUUGGGUCUUCAUUGCUGCGUGCGGGCUUUCUCUAGUUGCGGCGAGUGGGAGCUACUCUUCGUUGCUGUGCGUGGGCUUCUCAUUGCGGUGGCUUCUCUCGUUGCGGAGCACGGGCUCUAGGCGCGCGGGCUUCCGUAGUUGUGGCACGUGGGCUUCCGUAGUUGUGGCACGCGGGCUCUAGAGCACAGGCUCAGUAGUUGUGGCGCAUGAGCUUCCUUGCUCCGUGGCAUGUGGGAACUUCCCGGACCAGGGCUUGAACCCUUGUCCCCUGCAUUGUCAGGCAGAUUCUUAACCACUGUGCCACCAGGGAAGCCCGAGAAGUAUUUCUUUAGUACUUGUUGAAUGGUAAUUUUGAGAGUGGAAGAUGAGGGCCACUUCCGGAAACAAGGCAGAUUGGCUGGUUUAGGUGAAAGAUAGAGAAGGUGCCUUCUCGACCCAUCGCCCAGGACUGUGAAUGUUAAUGGUCGUAACUCAUAUUUACGGCAGAAAUGGGAACGAGAUGCUGGCGCUUUCUUGCGUGAUUUCAUUUCAAUACCUCAGGAGCGAUGCACCAGCUCCCCCAGCCAGACUAGAAAUCCAGCUUCCAGCUUUCCUCUCAAGCCUUUUCUGCUGCUGUCCCUCUGUCCAGAAUGCCCUUCCCCUCCUCUCCUGACCCAUCCUUUAAGACUCCUUCAGGAAGCCACGCCACACCCCUACCCCAAUGGCAAGGCUGAUCCUCCUCGCUAGGGAUUUCUGCCUGUCCGUCCCCAUGGGAUGAGACCCGUGUGCAGGACAGGUCUAUCGAGGGUCUGGCAGGGAUGCCAGUGGAGUGAACAGAGAGGACUGGGUCAGGGGACUCGUGUGCAGGUCACCAAGGGACAGCAGUGGGGUUGCUUUGCUGUUCCUUGUGUCUAGGUGGCAAAGGGAGGGGAUUCUGGGAAAGACCAAGGGACCUCCCAGCGCAGCUCCUGAAGGCAACUGGAAAGUGCAGCCCAGUCGGUGACUGUCACCUCAGUCCAGAGAGGGGGCCAUACUGGGGAGCUUGGGGCCACCGGGGAGCUGAACCGGCUCAUUUCCCAGAGGGAAGAUUGGAUCCCGGGGUGCUUGGCACUGACCCAGACCUUUGUGGUCUGUAGGAGGAGAGCCCAGGACUGUGGGGCUGCACCCCACACCCGAGGGGUGUUUCUCAAUGGGGUCCAGGUUAGGGAGUGGAUGAGAAGGAGUCAAGGAGAGCAGCAUCCCCAGGGCUCAGGUCUGCCCUCUGGUCCUCCGGUGUGGGAGACAAAGCUCCUUAGGAAAAAUGUGUGUUGCCCCAAAGCUGGCAGGAAAUCCAUGUCAAUAGCUCAUUCCAGCAAAAAUGUGCACAGGAAAAAACUCCGUAAGAACUUAAGCCAAAAUGUUAGCCCAGGGGGUGGUGGGAUGGUGGGUGGUAUCAUCCUGUUUCUUUCGCUGUGACGUCCAGAUUCCCUAGAAUGUAUGAGAAACCUUUAUAACCGGAGAGAUGAAGUAAUAUUCUAAAGGAGAGAGGUAAGAAAAGGUGUCGUGGGCUUCCCUGGUGGCGCAGCGGUUAAGAAUCCGCCUGCCAAUGCAGGGGACACGGGUUCGAGCCCUGGUCCGGGAAGAUACCACAUGCCACAGAGCAACUAAGCCUGUACGCCACAACUACUGAGCCCACGUGCCACAACUACUGAAGCCCAUGCACCUAGAGCCCAUGCUCUGCAACGAGAGAAGGCACUGCAAUGAGAAGCCUGUGCACCGCAACAAAGAGUAGCCCCCGCUCGCCACAACUAGAGAAAGCCCGCGCACAGCAAUGAAGACCUAACGCAGCCAAAAAUAAAUAAAUUAACUAAUUUAAAAUAAAAAAAAAAGAAAAGGUGCCGUGAGAACAGCCACCUCCCCAUAUUUUGGAUUCUGGGGUCACUGCCUGUGGGCAGCCUCCAGGGGGACUGGCUGUGGGGUCUCAGGGUGGGAGUUGGCCCGUCCCAGGCACAUACCCCAGAACAUGUGCACCCGUGGCAAACAGCUUGCGUCUCUCUCAUUCCUGGAAAUCGGGUCAGUGAGGGUCCAGGCCUGGGGCUACUGGGAUGCAGCGCCCCGAGAAUUCCGCCCCAACCUCUGACUUCCUAUGGCACCAGUCCGGCCUUCGCUCCUCUUCUCCCAUGUACCCCACUUUACAGCCUCGGGGCUGUUGCUAUGCUGGACCGUCCACCUGGAAAGCCAACCCACUCCACCCCAGGUGCUGCCACCCACCCAGGAAGCCAUUCCUGCCCCUUCCAGCCAGGGGUGACCCCAGAGCUGUUGGCUUUACCCCCACACCCCUGUGCCCAGUGGGUGUGCAUCGCCGUUGACUGCCCUCCUGACGGACUCCUGCCUCGAAGUGCCUUUCCGCAGUCCUGCAACGUGGUCAAGUUCUCCCCUGUGGUAAUAGUAUUCCUAAUCACAGCUCAGCCCUGAGGCCGGGUGGGGACUCAAUCUCUGACUCCUCCAUGGCCCCUGGCUCUGUCCCUGGUACAAAGCACUCAUUCAUUCAUUCAGCACUUAAUCACCGGUGCCUACUAUGUGCCAGGGGCUGGGCUAGGUGCCAGGGCACAGCUCUGCCGACUGCAGGGUGUGAGCGUGUCUGUUUUUGUGCAUUUGUGUGUGUGUGUGUGCGUCACCAGCACGUGCACACAGCAGGAGCAACUCUGUCAUAUGAAUGCGUGUCCCUCAGUCUGUGCCCGUGUGUAACCGUGCCAGUCUUGAUCAUGCCUAGCUAAUUCAUUCAGCAAGCGUUUAUUGAGUGCCCACAAGGGGGUGCCAGGCCAUGACCCUGAAGAUGAGUGUCCCAAGGUCUCUGCUCUUGGGAAGUGCCCAUCUUGUCAGGACAUCCCAGUGCAGACUGGUGGGGACGGUGGCCAGCAGGGGUGGGGGUGGGCAGGAUGGCAUCCUGGAAGGAUGGGGAGAAGGGUGAGGAGGGGCACUCCUGCCUAGCUGUGGGUGUGCUCUGCGAUCCCCCGAUGGCCCUGGGACCCCAAGCUGACCCUCCUUGCUGGUUUCACUGCUCUGAAGUGCUCCUGAAGGCUGAUGGGGCUGGAACACGGAGCUGUGGGCUGUGAGCCCCGCUGCCAGUGCAGGGAGGAGAGUACAGUGCCCUGAAGAAGUAACAUGUGGGCUGGAGAGCCAGGGCUGCAGAACUUUCCAUGAGAGGAGAACCUCGGGACCAGACCCCAGAACAUAGCACCUAGAAGUGGAACCCCUCAAUUCAGAAGAGAGAAACUGGAUUAUGGAAUUGGAGGGGGGAAAUGGAGCAGCAAACCUAGAAUGUGGCCUGGAAUGCGGAGCACUGAUAUCAGUCAGAGCUGGAAGGUCAAGUCCGUGCCCCCAGGGGUCAGUGGGAAACUGAGGUCCAGAGAGGAUGGGGCGGUCCUGCACCUUGGUGAGCAGCAGUGGGCAUGCACGUGGUCUCUGCUGAGCCAGGCCCUUCCCAUGGCCUGCUGGUACCUGACCUUGGACAAGGUAUGUCCCCUCUCUAAGCCCCGGCCCCCAUCUGUGAGGUGGGCUCGCGAAGGUGAGCUGAGAUGAAGCGCAUCACCUGGGAAGGGGGCGCUGCUCUGGGCGCCCAGGGUCUCCUGGGAGGUUAGCAAUUGCUGAGACUGGGACCCCAGCCACCUGACCCCUGGAAUGACCUUCGCACCUGUGGUGAUGCUUCUGUCACUGCUGCCCCACCGUCAGUGGGAAGUUUGAGCACUUGCAGGCCUGUUCCAGAAUGCUCUCUGGAUCCAGCGGUGGGAAGGACUAAGUAAUUAAAGAAGCAAGAAGAGAUUGGCGGCUUCCACGAAAUUAAGGAGCGGGGCCCAGUGCCUGCAGCCCUGCGCGAUGGCCCCCUGCCAUUUGGUGAGGGCUCACUGAGAGUCCCUGGUGGGGACUGACCCAAGGAGGCUAUGGCCCCUCGCAGGCAGGGGCGGACAGAGAGUAAUCGGGAAGGGAAAAGAGAAAAGGCUCAUUGUUCAGCCUCGAGGAGGCUCACUGGGUGCCCAGAGCCGCAGAGCCAACCAGCUGUGCACCUGCUCCGUCAGAGCCACUCCCAGCAGGAGGUUAAUUGUGCUCAGGUUCCCAGGUUGCGGGAGCCACAGGCUCUGGGCCAGGUGCAGCCCCACAUCCCUCCGAGGACCCUGCAGGUGGUGUUACCAGCCUCCCUUUAAUGGCUCAGCAGACAGGCCUGAAGAGGGUAGGACUUUUGCUUGGGGCCACAGAGCUGUGGGUGGCAGAGCCAGGGUUCAAGCCCGUUUCUUCAUUCAGCAGCGGCUGCUCGAGGCCAGGCCUGGCUCUGGGCACUGAGCACACAGCGGUGAGCCUUGGUGGGGAGGAUCCUAACCUGCUCGAAGCCAUUGCUUCAUUUUCCACCUUCUUCCUUCCCAUACUGCUUCCCAACCAUCAGCCAUCACGUUGCUGAGCACUGAGGACGGAACCGUUCCCUUCAGCACCACCAGCCCGUUGGAAGGGACCCUUCGAAUUCACGUAGAUGCGCCGCUUCCCUGGGGCGCGCUGAGCCCGAGGUCACGUGGCAGGCAGGACUGGGACCUGCAGGCACUUUUCCAGGCCCCAGACCAGGCCUGAGAGCCCGGCGGUAUUGACUGAAAAGUGCAGGUGUGUGGAUGUGGGAGGAAGGUCUUUCAUUCAUUCAGCAAACCUCUGUGUCAGGCGCUGUGCUGGAGCUGGGGACCAGGGGAGUGGGGGGCAGGCCAGGGUUGAAACAGCUCGGCUCUUUCCAUAGCCUGGGGUCAGGGAGACCUGGAGGAAGUCUAGUUCAGCUGAACCCUCCCCAGACCGGCAUGGGGAGAGGGAGUGUAAGAUUACACAGAAACAUCGAGCCUCCUGGAAGAUCUGGACUUUAUCCCGAGGACACGGUUCUCAGCUAGGAGGGGCAGCGCCAGAUGGGGCUUUUGCUUGGCUCACAGGCACCUGGCUGGAGUCCCCUUGGGAAGGCCACUCCUGUUGUGCAGGUGAGCAUUGGUGGUGGUACCACCAGUGUGGAACAGUGGCACAGGGAAAAGGGUGGGGCUUGUGAGGUAUCGGGGCAUGGAAUAGACAGGCCUAGUCAUGCGGGGUCAGUGAGGGAGGAUUUAGGGUGGUUCCUGGGCUCCUGGCGUGGGCGGCUAGGUGGAUGGUUGCACCCCUGACGGGUUCCAGAAGGAGGAAAGUUGGUAAUGCCCGAAGCUGUACAAGCAUCCUGGGUGCCAGGCUCAGGUCACAGGUUAUCAGCUCAGGUUGUUGGAACAACUGAGCAAGUUCUUUGCGCCCUGUCUUUUUUUUUUUUUUUUUUUUUUUUUGCGGUACGUGGGCCUCUCACUGCUGUGGCCUCUCCCGCCGCGGAGCACAGGCUCAGCGGCCAUGGCUCACGGGCCCAGCCGCUCCACGGCAUGUGGGAUUCUCCCGGACUGGGGCACGAAACCGUGUCCCCUGCAUCGGCAGGCAGACUCUCAACCACUGCGCCACCAGGGAAGCCCCCCCUUUUUUUAAUAUUGAUUGAUUGAUUGAUUUUUGACUGCAUUGGGUCUUUGUUCCUGCGCACGGGCUUUCUCUGUUUGUGGCGAGCGGGGGCUACUCUUCAUUGCAGUGCGCGGGCUUCUCAUUGCAGUGGCUUCUCUUGUUGCGGAGCACGGGCUCUAGGUGCGCCGGCUUCAUAGUUGUGGCACGCGGGCUCAGUAGUUGUGGUGCACGGGCUUAGUUGCUCUGCGGCAUGUGGAUCUCCCAGGACCAGGUCUUGAACUCGUGUCCCCUGCAUUGGCAGGAGGAUUCUUAACCACUGCACCACCAGGGAAGUCCCUUGCGCCCUGUCUUGCAGUGGAGGGUUCCAGGCAUGAUGGGAACUGACUCUAAAGCCCAGGUCCCCACCCUCCCUGCAGCCUGGCCCAGAUCCCACUGGCUCUGCUCUUCUCUUCCCUUACCCAGCCAGCACUCGGGCCUCCCGCAUGCACAGGUGUACCCACCACCUGCCGCCCUGUACAUGUGGGGAGGUGCCCGUGGGAGUCCUUCCACUCCUACUGCCUAGGAACACGGGGGCCAACCUCUGCCUCCACCCUGGGCAUGGGCACCGCUCCACCCCCCACGUGGGCACUCACCUACCCCUGCCCCCCAGGGGGCAGCACAUGGGACAAAGUCUCUCCAGCUAUCGCUUGAUUCUGUCGCCCACCCUGCAUCCUGCCUGUGCUAGAGAAAGCUCCACGAGGACAGAGGAGGGGUGGGGUGUGCCCUCCCCUCUCUUCCCCCACACUCAGGCCUGCUGGGCUGGAGAUGGAGCUGAGGCUCCGAACUGAAGUGGCCCUUUGUACAUUGUCCCUGGAGGAUGGGCGAGCCUGGCAGGAGGGGCUGGCACUGCUGGGGCUGCCUGGGCAGGACGGCGCUGAUCUCAGCAGGGCUGGGGGGGCUUCCUCUGGAGCAGUGGAGGGAGCCCUGCUAGGUGUGGGUGUGCACUGGCGGGCCUGCUGCCUCAGGCACCCCCAAACCAGAUGAUACUUGCCACCAGGGGUCUAGCAUCACUUCUCAUAUGAGUUCCAUCCUCAUUCAACAGCUGUUUAUGGAGCUCCUGCUCUGGGCCAGGCUUUGUCCUAGGGGGUGGGGAGUAGCAGUGACCGAUGACUGGGGCCCAUGGUGACCCUGCUCUCAUGUUGUUGACAUUCCAAGCGAGCAGGGUGUGGGUGGGGGAGACAGACCACUAACACAUAAACAAGGAGACAGAUAGCUUCAGCAGUGAGGAGUGUUGUGGAGCAGAUGACCUGGGAGGGGACGGCCCCUUUAGCUGGCUGGUCAGGAAGGCCCCUCUGAGCAGGCGGCUGGCAUGUGGAGAUCUGAGGGAAGGGCAUUCCAGGCGGAGGGAACAGCCAGUGCGAGGACCCUGAGACGGGAUGAAGAUGAGACGCUACAAGCUCUUUCUCAUGUUCUGUAUGGCCGGCCUGUGCCUCAUCUCCUUCCUGCACUUCUUUAAGACCCUGUCCUAUGUCACCUUCCCCCGAGAACUGGCCUCCCUCAGCCCUAACCUGGUGUCCAGCUUCUUCUGGAACAAUGCCCCGGUCACGCCCCAGGCCAGCCCCGAGCCGGGCAGCCCCGACCUGCUGCGUACCCCGCUCUAUUCCCACUCGCCCCUGCUCCAGCCGCUGUCACCAAGCAAGGCCACGGAGGAAAUCCACCGGAUGGACUUCGUGCUGCCCGAGGACACCACCGAGUACUUCCUCCGCACCAAAGCCGGGGGCGUCUGCUUCAAGCCAGGUACCAAGACGCUGGAGAAGCCGCCAUCAGGGCGGCCAGAGGAGAAGGCAGAGGCGGGCGAAGGCGCGUCGGCGCGGGGCCCGGGCCGGCAGCUGCUGAGCGCCCGGGAGCGGCCGGGGGGGCGCGGCGCGCGGCGCAAGUGGGUGGAGUGCGUGUGCCUCCCGGGCUGGCACGGGCCGAGCUGCGGCGUGCCCACCGUGGUGCAGUACUCCAACCUGCCCACCAAGGAGCGCCUGGUGCCCCGGGAGGUGCCACGGAGGGUCAUCAACGCCAUCAACAUCAACCAUGAGUUCGACCUGCUGGACGUGCGCUUCCACGAGCUGGGCGACGUGGUGGACGCCUUCGUGGUGUGCGAGUCCAACUUCACGGCCUACGGGGAGCCGCGGCCGCUCAAGUUCCGCGAGAUGCUGACCAACGGCACCUUCGAGUACAUCCGGCACAAGGUGCUCUACGUCUUCCUGGACCACUUCCCGCUGGGCGGGCGGCAGGACGGCUGGAUCGCCGACGACUACCUGCGCACCUUCCUGACGCAGGAUGGCGUGUCGCGGCUGCGCAACCUGCGGCCCGAUGACGUCUUCAUCAUCGACGACGCCGACGAGAUCCCUGCUCGCGACGGCGUGCUCUUCCUCAAGCUCUACGACGGCUGGACGGAGCCCUUCGCCUUCCAUAUGCGCAAGUCACUGUACGGCUUCUUCUGGAAGCAGCCGGGCACCCUAGAGGUGGUGUCGGGCUGCACGGUGGACAUGCUGCAGACGGUGUACGGGCUGGACGGCAUCCGCCUGCGCCGCCGCCAGUACUACACCAUGCCCAACUUCCGCCAGUACGAGAACCGCACGGGCCACAUCCUGGUGCAGUGGUCGCUGGGCAGCCCCCUGCACUUCGCCGGCUGGCACUGUUCCUGGUGCUUCACGCCUGAGGGCAUCUACUUCAAGCUGGUGUCCGCCCAGAACGGCGACUUCCCCCGCUGGGGUGACUACGAGGACAAGCGGGACCUCAAUUACAUCCGGAGCUUGAUCCGCACAGGGGGCUGGUUCGACGGCACGCAGCAGGAGUACCCGCCGGCCGACCCCAGCGAACACAUGUAUGCCCCUAAGUACCUGCUCAAGAACUACCACCAGUUCCGCUACCUGCUGGACAACCCCUAUCAGGAGCCCAAGAGCACAGCAGACGGUGGGCGGCGGAGCAAGCGUCCGGAGGGAAGGCCGCCCGCCAGGAGCAAAUUGGACGUGGUUGAAGGCUAAGGCUGCAUGAUCUUAUAGGGCCGGUGGCCAGGGUAGGGGGGUGGGCGGCUGCCGCCCUGUUACCUUCCUGUCUCCUUCCGCCGUCUGGGUGGCUCUUAAGAGAACCAGGAGUGGAUAGGUGGGGGAGUCUUUCCUACUCAAGCCCUUGUGAAUCCAGGGUCAGGCCUGUGAGCUCAGAAAACAUCCUUCCUCGUCAGGAGAGGAGAGCAGGCCCUUUCACCCCUCCAAGAGUGCUGCAGCCAGGAGGUGCCAACGGAGAGUGCACGGUGGUUACUGGGGAGCGGGGGAGGGUGGGGAAGGGAGCCUGCAGGAACUCCCUAGGGCAGCCAAGUGGGAGCUACGGUCCCCUCCGGGGAGAAGCCCACCAUUCGGCCUCCUGGGGCUUUGGACCUGCAGUGGGAAAGGGGGAUGCCGGGAGAUCCCAAGGCUCUGUAAAUAGAUGCAUUUGGGCCCAGGAGGAAGAAGGGACACCAAGGUCGGAGGGGAUGAAAAGUGGCAGCUGGAAGGAAGCCCGGAUGGAUGCUUUGUAGUGUCCUCAGGAGUGCUGGGCCAGAGGGAGUAGGGACCUCCACCCCGCCGCCCCACAGGACACACUGCACGGAUGGCCCUGUGCCCCCAGCCCCUCUGGACCUGACACAGGUGUGGGGCCUGGGGAAGCCUGGGAAGUCUUCCUUUUGGUUCCAAACCUGGCCUUGACAUUCCUUCUUACUUUUGAUAUCGCUGUCUUUUGGGCUGCCCAUCCAGUCCUUGCAAGACCAGGAGUCCAGUUUUCAGGGUGGGAUGGGACUGUCAGCCAGCCUAGUAACUCAGCCCUGGGGGAGGAGCCUCCUCCUCCCCCAUCACCCCUUCCCACUGGAACCCACAGCCCCAGCUCUCCACCAUCUCAGGUGGAGUCACCCAUGUGCCCCUCCUUGGGGCUGGCUAGGGGCCAGGAAGGGGCCAUGAGGUUGCCCUGGGCCCAAGAGGGACAUUAAGGCCAGUUGUAUGUUAUCUCAUUCCUUAGUUGCCUCAUGGGGGAGGGGGAUGUAUUGUUAGAGUAGAUUCUAAGCUGCUGUAAUUAAGAGACCCCCAAAUACAGUGGUUUAAGCAGACAGAAGCUUGUUUCUAACUUAACUCUCCAGAGGGAGGUUGUCUGGAUCUGGUAGGGCAGCUCUGCUUUCCUUCAUCACACUUUCCAAUUCUGGGUAGAGUGGUUGCUCGAUGCUCCCACCAUCACAUGUGCAUCCAUGUCUGAGGGAACCAGAAAUAGGCAUGGAAGUGCACACCCUUCCUGUUAAGAGCAUGAGCCAGAGAUGGCACAGUCACUUCCAAUGGCAUCUCACUGGCCAGGACUUAGUCACAUGGCCACAAGUAGCUGCAAGGGAAGCGGGAAAAGUAGUUUUCAGCUGGGCUGCCCUGCUCAUUUAUUAAAGGAAGGAGGAGGAGAGGAUGGAUAUGGGUACAGGAGCAUCUCUGGCACAAGGGGAGGAGGGGAGAGGGUAGAAAUGACUGUUGUAGUUGUAGAUCCUGCUCGCAUGUUCAGAGCUCCUGAAACCUGCCCCUGCCCCCUCACUGCCAGCCCAGGGCUGGGGUGCAGUGAGAGCCUGCCGCUGUGGGCCGGGAGAGACGCCCCCUCCCCGAGGCCCCCUCAGAUGUUUACCCAGUGAUGCCGGAUCGCAGAGCCUGCCUGUGGAACUGUACGUGUUUGUGCGUGUGUGUGUGUGUGUGUGUGUGUGUGUUUGUGUGUAUUUAUGGGCAUGGGUGCAUGCUUGCUGUAUACUUGUACGUGACUGUGUUGGUGCGUCCCUGUACAUAUAUGCUUGUGUGUGGAUGUGGAAGCAGGGCCCAGGCCACCCUUCCCGAGACCUGGAGCCUGGGGCCACACCUCCUGCGACUUCCCAAAAUGACUGAAGCAGAAAGCAAGCUGGGGAGCCCGGAAAGCCAGGCUAAAGGGGAUGUUGGGUCCAUCUGUCUGUCUGUCUGUCUUUCAGUCCAAGGAAUGAGAAUCCUCCCGACCAGAGUGCUGUAGGGCUGAGAGCCCACCACGACCCCCCGGCCCCUUCCCUCCAUCCCAGCCCCUCCAACCUCCAGCCGGGACUUUCUUGGGGUGUCUUAUUGGGGGUUUCCUGAUGGGUCGGGAGAGGAGGGCGUCUCCUUUGCCAUAGCUCUGCCUGGGGAGGCGCCCGGCAUGGGUGCGGCUCGGGGAGCUGGCCGCAGAGCAGCCUCGGGCAGGCGGGUGUGAAGCAGGUAUGGGGGUCUCUGUUGCCCCCACUGUCCCUCCCAUUGAGGGGGUGUCCCGAGGGAACCCUUCCCUUGGAGGUAGAGCAGCCCCCUUCUCUCUGGCCCCUCUUGCAGCUAAGGGGCUCAAGAGGUCAGGGUGUCCCUGUGGCUCUGGGUCACCUCCAGCCACCUCUGCUCCCCGCCGGGCGGGCAGUCUCUGGGGGCUUCUGACUCAUGCCUGAGCCCCAGCCCAGGGCCCCCCUCCUUGACAGCUUCCUCACCCUAUGCCCCUGGCACCCUCUGCUGCUGAAGGGAUGCCCCUGUCCAGGCUGUCAGGGGUCCCUGGCCUCCAGUUCACCAGCUCAGGGGCAGGGGAAGGCAGAGGGGAGGAGCUCAGACCUGCCAGGCCCCACCUUCCCUCUCAGACCCAGGAGGGCCGGGCGCAUUCACGGUCACCGCCAAGUGGAGGCCUGGCCACGGAGCGGAGCGCACGGCUUCCAGCGGGCUGUGGGGGCCAAGGCGUGGGGUUGAAGAGUUUCACUUAUAGGCACGUCAGACACUGGGAAUUUCGGGGGCAGGGGAGCCCUGGGCCACUCCCCCAGUAUGAAGGGAAACCAAACUGUGAAUGUGAGCGCCAGUGCACUGCUGGCCCUGGCGCCGUAGCCAGCUUGCUUUCUCUGGGAACCACCCGCCCUAUGGCCUCCAGACUCAAGGAGGCCCAGCACACCUCGGAUCAUGUUGGUUCCCAUGGGCAGGCGUGGAAGAGCUUUGGGGACAAAGGUGACAGGGUGGGGAGACAGGACUUGCCCAAGCAGCGGGCAGGGUCCUGGGAAAUGUGUAAUUUAAGGACACCAAUAAUAAUAAUAGUAUUAUUUUUUUUGUAAGGGAAAAUCAAUAUGUACAUUCUGAAAUCAUUUUCUCUGUAAAUGGUUGGAUUUCAUUUCACCCUUAAAGGGAUGCUUAAAGGAGAAGAUAAUAUUAAUAAUAAAAACAGCUACAAAGUC